CGUUGGGUGGCCGUGUCUGAAAUGCCUAGGGAAGUUUUCCUGUCCAGGCCCAACUACCACUCCACACUCCAGAGUGUUUCAGAAGUUGGUAAACCCGCGCCGAUGAGUCGUUUUUACACACAACAGGAUACUUCCGCUGCAAAGCAGCUUGUGAACAACUUCCGUUUCCGGUUGGCUUAUUGCCUUAGAAACCAGGAUGCACAACAAUCUGGGUGAAUAUGGCAGGUCUGAGCAGCUCACAGAUCCCCGACGGUGAGUUCACUGCGGUGGUGUACCGGCUCAUCCGCGACUUCCGCUACUCAGAGGCGGUGCAGCUGCUGGGCGCCGAGCUGCAGCGGAGUCCCCGGAGCCGCGCCGGGCUGUCCCUGCUGGCCUACUGCUACUACCGCCUGCAGGAGUUCGAGCUCGCUGCAGAGUGCUAUGAGCAACUGAGCCAGAUGCACCCGGAGCUCGAGCAGUACCGCCUGUACCAGGCCCAGGCGCUGUACAAGGCCUGCCUGUAUCCAGAGGCCACGCGGGUCGCCUUCCUUCUGGACAACCCCACCUAUUAUAGCCGGGUCCUUCGUCUCCAAGCUGCUAUCAAGUACAGCGAGGGCGACCUGCCAGGAGCCAGGAGUCUGGUGGAGCAGCUGCUGAAUGGGGAAGGUGUGGAGGACAGUGGAAGGGAAAAUGAUUAUGAUGGCCAGAUCAACCUGGGUUGUCUGCUCUACAAGGAGGGACACUAUGAAGCUGCCUGUUCCAAGUUCUUAGCGGCCCUGCAGGCUUCUGGCUACCAGCCCGACCUUUCCUACAACCUAGCUUUGGCAUAUUACAGCAGUCGGCAGUAUGCCCCUGCUCUAAAGCAUAUCGCCGAUAUCAUUGAGCGUGGCAUCCGUCAGCAUCCAGAGCUAGGUGUGGGCAUGACCACUGAAGGCAUUGAUGUUCGCAGUGUGGGCAACACCGUAGUCCUUCACCAGACUGCUCUGGUUGAAGCCUUCAACCUCAAGGCAGCCAUAGAGUACCAACUGAGAAACUAUGAGGCAGCUCAGGAAGCCCUCACUGACAUGCCACCCAGGGCAGAGGAAGAGUUGGACCCUGUGACCCUGCACAACCAGGCUCUGAUGAACAUGGAUGCCAGGCCUACAGAGGGCUUUGAAAAGCUCCAGUUCCUGCUCCAGCAGAACCCCUUUCCCCCAGAGACCUUUGGCAACCUGUUGCUGCUCUACUGUAAAUAUGAGUAUUUUGACCUGGCAGCUGAUGUCCUGGCAGAAAAUGCCCACUUGACUUACAAGUUCCUCACACCCUAUCUCUAUGACUUCUUGGAUGCCAUGAUCACUUGCCAGACAGCUCCUGAAGAGGCUUUCAUAAAGCUUGAUGGGCUGGCAGGCAUGCUGACUGAGCAGCUCAGGAGACUCACCAUACAAGUACAGGAUGCAAGACAUAGUAGAGAUGAUGAAUCUGCCAAAAAGGCUGUGAAUGAAUAUGAUGAAACUCUUGAGAAGUAUAUCCCUGUACUGAUGGCCCAGGCAAAAAUCUACUGGAAUCUUGAAAACUACCCCAUGGUGGAGAAGAUCUUCCGCAAAUCUGUGGAAUUCUGUAAUGACCAUGAUGUGUGGAAGCUGAACGUGGCCCAUGUUCUCUUCAUGCAGGAAAACAAAUACAAGGAGGCCAUUGGCUUCUAUGAGCCCAUCGUCAAGAAGAACUAUGAUAACAUCCUGAGUGUCAGCGCUAUUGUGUUAGCCAACCUCUGUGUGUCCUACAUCAUGACAAGUCAAAACGAGGAAGCUGAGGAGCUGAUGAGGAAGAUUGAAAAGGAGGAGGAACAGCUCUCCUAUGGCGACCCAGACAAGAAAAUCUACCACCUUUGCAUUGUGAAUCUGGUGAUAGGAACACUUUACUGUGCCAAAGGAAACUAUGACUUUGGCAUCUCUCGGGUUAUCAAGAGCCUGGAGCCUUACCAUAAGAAGCUAGGAACUGACACGUGGUAUUAUGCUAAAAGAUGCUUCCUGUCCUUGCUAGAAAACAUGUCAAAGCAUACUAUCAUGCUGAGGGACACUGUCAUUGAAGAAUGUGUGCAGUUCCUAGAGCACUGUGAAAUUUUUGGCAGGAACAUCCCUGCUGUCAUAGAGCAGCCCUUGGAGGAAGAGAGGAUGCACACUGGGAAGAAUACAGUCACGUAUGAGUCGAGAAAAUUAAGGGCUCUGAUUUAUGAGAUUAUUGGAUGGAAUGUGUAAUUAUGGCUGGCAAUGACUUUUAUCAUGAGGACUUCAUAUGUAAAUUUAAAUGUUUACCUGUAUCUAGCUUUUGCUAUUUGUGAGACUGUACAUUUUAGUGUACUAGAAACACUAUUAGAUAUAACCUGCCCUUGUAAUCAAGUGAGAUUUUGUAAGAACUGAGAAAGAUGUUUUGUCUAUCAUGUUUUCUUCAUCUUUUUGGUUUGGUGUAUCUUAGGCAGAAUUUGUACUUACGUUAUCAGGGGACCAGACACUAAGUUCAGAACUUAGUAGUAUGUAACGUCUUUUAGUAAUCACUCCAGAGAUUGUUCUUUAUCUUUGCACAUCUCCCAUGUUUAUAGAGAAUUUAGAGUAUUUGUCAGUUUUUUAAUAUAGUAUUUUGUCCCAGAUUAAAUUCAUUAGGUAAUAAAUGGUUUUGCUAGUGUGCAAGAUUCAGUAGAUUCACUUAACAAACUACAACAUUAAUAAAUACUACAAAAUAAAUAUUAUAAAAGUUC